AUGAAGUUCUCCGCUGUCCUCGCUGCCCUCUCGGCCUCUGCCGUCAUCGCCGCCCCCGGCGCCGAGUCCUCCCCCAACAACUUCGGUGCCAUCGAGAAGCGCGCCUCCUUCCCCAUCCCCGCCUCCAAGGGCACCGUCACCUACAAGUCCGCCCAGUCCGUCAAGGGCACCUUCGAUGGUGGCAUGAAGACCUACGGCCGUGGCGUCAAGUGCACUGGCCAGGCUGAGGGUGGCGACGCUGAUGCUGUCUUCCUCCUCGAGAACGGCGCUACCCUCAAGAACGCCAUCAUCGGUGCUGACCAGAUCGAGGGUGUCCACUGCAAGGGCUCCUGCACCAUCAACAACGUCUGGUGGACCGCCGUCUGCGAGGACGCUCUCUCCCUCAAGGGCGACGGCAACGCCUCCAUCAUUGGCGGUGGUGCCCGCGGCGCCGAGGACAAGGUCAUCCAGCACAACGGUCUCGGCACCGUCACCAUUGACGGCUUCACCGUCGUCGACUUCGGCAAGCUCUACCGCUCCUGCGGUAACUGCAAGACCAUGGGCAAGCGCACCGUCGUUGUCAAGAACGUCAAGGCCUACAACGGCAAGAUGCUCACUGGCAUCAACUCCAACAAGGGUGACACCUCCACCAUCACCGGCACCUGCGCCACCUCCGUCAAGGAGAUCUGCACCGAGUUCCAGGGCACCACCCCCGGCAACGAGCCCAAGAAGAUCGGCACUGGCCCUUCCAGCGCCUGCAAGUACUCUACCCUCAAGGCCUGCUAA